GGGUGGGGCUACCUCGGCUUCAUCCUGCAAAAUGGUCGAGAAUGGAAGCUAUUCUUCACCCGUUGAUCAGGCAGCUCAACCUUCCCACAGACGCACAACACAACCCUGAGAAAUAUCGGUUUGAAGUGGAGUUGGAAUUUGUACAGUGUUUGGCCAAUCCAAGCUAUUUGAACUUUCUGGCCCAGAGAGGUUUCUUCAAAGAGAAAGAAUUCACCAACUAUCUGGAAUAUCUUCAGUAUUGGAAACAACAAGAGUACACGCAAUACCUGAAGUACCCUCAGUGUCUACACUUUCUGGACCUCCUCCAGUCAGAGCAGUUUCGUCAUGAAAUAGCAAACGCUCAGUGCUCCAAGUUUGUUGAGGAGCAGCAGUUGCUGCAUUGGCAUCAUUACACCAAGAAGAGAAUGCAGUUUCAGGACAAACUUUUAUCGCAAGCAAAGAUCCCAAUGAGUCAAAAAUGACUGUCUUAAUUAAUCAUAAAAUUCAAUGCUAUUAUUCUUUUUGGUCUG